AUGCUUGCGUACCUUUUCUUUGCUCUCGGCCUCCCGGCCCUAGCAUGGCUCCCUGCCUCCCCACCCGGAGGUGUGUCGCUGCAAGCUUUUACAAGCUCCAAAACGUCCAAAAUUCGCGGAGUCAAUCUUGGAUCCCAGUUCCUCAUUGAGCCCUGGAUGUCUCGGCAGGCAUGGGCCGACAUCGGCUGCACUGGUGCUGAAGCAGAGUUCCAAUGCGUCAAGAACAACUUUGGUGGAGAUAUCAACAGAGCCAGUGCUGCGUUCCAGAGACACUGGGCGAGCUGGAUUACGCGAAAUGACAUCAACAAGAUGCUUUCGUAUGGGCUGAACACUAUCCGAAUUCCUUUGGGUUGGUGGAUGAAGGAGGACCUAGUCAAGAGCGGGGAAUAUUUCCCCAAGGGAGGCUUCACUCACUUGGAGAACAUCUGUAGAUGGGCCACUGAUGCUGGCAUGUACAUCAUCAUAGAUCUUCAUGGUGUGCCGGGCACACAACUGGAACGCCAGCCAUUCACUGGCAACUCCUCCGACAGGGCUUACUUCUAUCAAUCCGACUAUCAAUCCGGGCGUUCCUAUGAAUUUCUUUCUUGGAUGACGCAGCAGAUCCUUAUCAACCCCGUCUUCAAGAACGUCGGUGCCAUCGGUGUGAUCAAUGAACCCAAGUUCAACACUAUUGAUGGAGACACGAAAUGGAUGGUCGAGCACUACUACGGCUCCGCCAUCGAUUCGAUCCGCAAUGUAGAGGCCUCGCGUGGUGUUUCAGGCAACUCCCGUCUGCACAUCAUGCUAAUGGACGAUCUCUGGGGCUCCGGGUCGCGGGACCCCACCUCGUCGCUGACCGCAGGGCAAAAGUCGUUCCUGCUCUUCGACGACCACAACUACCAAGAGGGGCCGACGUCGGGCAAAGACGCGGCGGGCAUCAUCGCGUACGCGUGCGGCGACAACCGCGUCACGGCGCUGGAGCCGGGCAACACGAAGGUGGUGGGCGAGUUUGCCAUGGCGCUGAGCCAGAGCAGCGGCCUCCGCCCUGAAACGAACUACAAGUCCUUUUACCAGAGCUACUUUGCGGCCCAGCAGUGGCAGUACGAGAAGACGAACGGCUGGGUCUUUUGGACGUGGAAGACGGACCAGCGCGACUUGGGGAACUGGCUGCAGUGGAGCUAUUCUGGUGCGGUGGAGAACGGCCUCAUCAGCACGAACCUCAACGCCCAGCUUGCGGCGAACCCGUGCCAGAAGUAGGUCGGCGUGGCCUAGCUGGGAGAAGAAGAAGAAGAAGAAGAAGAAGAAGAAAGAGAGUGCUUCCUUUAAUUGUUUGGGCGGGCAAAUUUGCGAAAUGUUAGCGUGUGGGUGGCUGGUUGGGUACGAAUUAACGACGACUGUCUUUCACGCUUGUUAUGACUAGGUAUCUGCCAAUACAUCAUUACGAC